AUGGUCGAAGGAUGUCCUGGAAAGUACCAUGUUUUUGAUGUCAACCUAAUCAGAAGAUCCUUGGUUGAAAUGCAUGCUACUUUAUGUGAACUGGGCUAUUAUGAGCAUGUCCAUGCUUCUUGUGAAGUUUGUUCCGGAGAUCCCCGAGGAUGUGCUAUUAUGAAAAGGGACUUAAAAGAAAUGUUGGAUCAAAACCUUAUUCAAGUUACAAGGGAUAGAAAUGAAGAUGAGCAUGAGGGUAAUGUUAUAAUUCCUCAUUUUAAUCUCCCAAAACUGGUUGUGAUUGUAUAUGAUGGUCAGAAGACCGUUGUUUCUCCGCUGGUUAUUCGUUUGGUGGAUCCUACCCCUUACGAGUGUGAUAAAGAUGUGCCUUACAAGUAUAAUGCUACUAUGAUAGAAGACGACAAUGAAGUGCCUAUUCCCAUUUUUCCGUCUGUUGUGAAUAUUGCCGAUGUAAGUGGCGUGGCCCGAAGUGGUCGGGUAUUUGAUGAUGCAGCUCCUAAGAGGACUGAAGAUGUGGUGAUAGAGAAAUCAAGUUCAGAGAAAACUACUGUUGUACACACCAGCCAAUCUAGUAUUGUGAAUCAGAAUGUUGGUCAAGAUGAGGUGCUGAAAUUGUUCAAGAAGAGUGAUUUCAAUGUGGUGGACCAGUUGUUGCAUACUCCGUCCAAGAUAUACGUGUUAUCUCUACUGAUGAGUUCGAAAGCACACCGAGAAGCUUUGCAGAAGGUCCUAGAGCAAGCCUAUGUGGACUAUGACAUGGUAAUUGAUCAAUUUGAUGGCAUUAUGGCCAAUAUCAUCGCAUUGGAUACUGGAUCCUCUUUGAAUGUUCUGACUAAGUCUACGAUGUCUAAACUUGCUUACCAAGGUGCUUCGAUGAGAUUUAGUGGAGUUGUUGUGAAGGUCUUCGAUGGCUCGAGGAAGACUAAGUUGAAGUUUGUGAAAAAUGGGAAGUUAGUGAUCGUGGGUGGCAAGAAGACCAUGUUGGUGAGUCAUCUCUCUUCAUUUUCAUAUAUUGAUGCCGAUGAAGCUGAGGGAACGUUGUUUCAAGCUCUUUCUGUUGAUAAUAUUGUUGUUAAGAAGGAUGGUGAAUCCAUGCCAUCCUUAAAAGAUGCCCAUUUUGUGGUGGAGAAUGGUCAAUCUGCUAGAUGGGGACAAAUUGUUGAGCUUACUGAGAACAAGAACAAAGUUGGUUUGGGUUUUUCACCUAGUGCAACCCUAAGAGAUUUGAAGCGAAUUGAAGAAGUUUUUCAUAGUGCUGGUUUUAUUCAUUCUAAGGACCAAUCUGUUGCCGCAAUAUUAGAAGAUGAUGAAGAGCAACAAGUGUCGGACUUUGUGACACGUGGAUCGGUGUACCAGAAUUGGAUUACUGUUGAUGUUUCUUAUGUUAUUCACUUGUCGAAGUAA